AUGGUUCUGAUCUCACCCCAAGCCAUGCAACCCACCCGGGCGUCCACCACCAUCUGUGUGUUCGCGGACUGCAGCAUCCCGGCCGGGCUCCGAAUAGGACCGGUACCGGGCAUCUUCAAACUCGGAAAGUACGUGUCGGACCGAAAGGAAGUAGGACCCAAGAAGAAGGUUCGCUUGGUUCGGGGAGAGUUCCUGGAUGAGUCGGGCUGCCCCGUGCCAGACUGGAUCGGAUUCAUCCGCGCAGCCAGGAACAGUCAGGAGCAAAACCUGGAGGCAGUGUCUGACCUACCUGGGGGACAGAUUUUCUACCGCGUGCUGAGAGAAAUCCCUGCCGGAGAGGAGCUCAGUGUUUGGUACUCCAACGCCCUGGCGCAGUGGUACGACAUCCCCACUACGGCCACUCCCACGCACGACGAGAAAGGUGAGGAGCGUUACAUCUGCUGGUACUGCUGGAGAAUAUUCAAAUUCCCGAACACACUCAAGGCCCACGUGCACUUUCAUUGCGCCCUGAGCAACGGGCGGGGGUUUGUGAGCAGCGAGCAGGCCAGAGGCACAGAGACCUUCAGCAGGUCACCAAAGUCAGGAGAUAUCCCCAACACCUCCAUCUCUCCGAGGAGCGGUCACAGCAACACCUCCAUCUCAGACUCUGGCAGGAGGGCGGUGUCCUCUUCACCUUUUCUAAGCAAAGCAGGACUGUCAAAGAAAAGCAGCACAGAGGAUCAGGAUAGGGCGCUCGACAUGAGUGUCACCUCAGCCAGAAACCAAGGACACAUCCUAGGUCUCGGAGCCACAUCAUCAAUGCUGAGCAGCAUGGGCUUCCACCCGGGCGUGCGCUCUGCCUUCAAACCGACUGGCAUCUCCAAAGUCCCGGGCUCGGACGCGUCCAGGGAAGACGCGAAUGGGAAACUGAGCAGCAUGGGAUUCAGCAAACUCAUUGGAAACAUGAAACCAAUCCGAAAUGUUGGAGAGGCUCUCAAUGGAGGAGGGAACCAUCCCUCAAAGUGCACACCUGCAAUUAUGGACUCCACUUCUCCAAUAGUGCCAUGCACAAACAAUAUCCGAGGCUUCCCGUUGUUGCCUCACAUGGAAGAGACAUCAGCUUUCAAGCACGUGGAGAGCAGGAUGCACUCCGGCCUAUCCCCAUCCCGCUACCCCCAGAUGCCCCCUGGACUCCACUUUGAGAGGUUCUCGCUCCCUCACUUCGACGGUAUGAAGACAUAUGGAGGAGACUGUAACAUCCCACUCAUGCCCUUCACUGUGUAUAACGGGGAGCUUCUGUACAGCUCACCAUACUACCCGCUGAAAUUCCACUUCAGCAACCUCCUGAAGUACCCCGAGUCAGUGUCCUACUUUGGUGCACCUCCUCUCAGUCAAGACAUAGGCUCGAUCACCAACAUCGACCGGGAAAUCGCCAUGCACACGCAACAGCUGUCUGAAAUCGCAGCGGAGAAGAACAGAACAAGGCUGGACACGAUCCCCGCUGGUAGCACUGGCAGCACCGGAUCAGGCAAGCCAAAAAAGGGACACCUGUGUCUAUAUUGUGGAAAGCUGUACUCGAGAAAAUACGGCUUGAAAAUCCACAUGAGGACUCACACUGGUUAUAAGCCGCUCAAGUGCAAAGUGUGCUUCAGGCCGUUUGGAGACCCCAGCAACCUGAAUAAACACAUCCGCCUCCACGCGGAGGGAAACACGCCCUACAGAUGCGACUUCUGUGGGAAGGUGCUCGUGCGGAGGCGGGACCUGGAGAGGCACGUGAAGUCCAGGCAUCCAGGGCAGACCAUCAAGAAACUGGAGGACAAAGCGAGCGGCCUGUUCGAGGACGCAGAGCACAAGAGCGACAAUGACAGUGAUGUGGACGUGUGCUUCACCGACGACCAGAGCGACCAAGAGUCGAGCAAAAAUAAUGACUGAGACAUUUUCACGCCCACAUAGACACAUUUCAUUGACUUUUAAUUACACCCACAACAUUACGUGGCAUUUCAGCUUUUACGGAAUCUAAUUUCUACCUUUUACAUCCUGAUCCGAGCGCGUCUGAACUACAAGACACCCAUCUGUCCAAACUCUAUGACAAUUCGCUGUUAUCAGGAAGAAAGUUUCGUUUCCUCAAUGACACUCAAACCAUGUUCUGCUUCAAGAACACUAAUCUGUGGCUUUUUUUUUUUUUUUAGAUUUGACACGCUUUUUAUAAAUAAUGCUAGAAGAAAUUCCCCAUGGUGCAGACAUUGUCAUCUAUUUCAAAUGCAAAUCACCCAAAUUAUUAUAUGUGUCUACACCACUAUCACUGCACUGCACACACAAUAGGAACACUGAGCCCACAUCAGUCACAGUCAAGAAAAAAAAACACCAAAAAAUCGAACAAAAGACACCAAUGUGUGGAAUAAAUGGCGAGGUGGCCCGUGAAUUAAAUUAUAUAUGUUUUUUUUGCAGAGUGAGAAGAGUCAGUUUUUUUUUUAAAAUCGAUGUCUCCCCUGGAAAGAUGUGGCCUCUUGUUUAUUGGAAGCUUCUUAACGAAAGGUCAAAUUGAAACAACGACACAUUCCAUCAGACUGAACACUUUUGGAAAAUAUGAGCCGCAAAGAAUACAAUUCUUCUUAUGUUAUCUUUAUUGUGAAUAAAAAAGGGCAACGAAUCCACAUUAUUCCCAUAUACCCCCUUUAAAACUAUCAGGUGCACUUUAAAACAGCAAUGGGAAAUGCUUUCCAGCUCCACAGAUAAGGGGUGAAUUACUUCGGAUUCCCUGCGCCUCAUCGAAUACCUACUUCAAUUUGCACUUUCUUGCCGAGGCGCGCUGUUCUUAAAGAAGCAGCAAGCAGCGGCGCCCUCUUUAUUUAUGGCAUUAUUUCUAGCGACAAAAAUUGUAUUGAUUGCAGUUAUGUACAGAAGUGUAAAGUAUGAUAUUUCACAAGUGUUGUAUACGUUUGUUUAUAAGUGAUCCUGUCUAUGAGCACAAUAUUUUACUCCUGUCCAUUAAGUCGUUGUUUUUGAAUAAAUUUAAUUUAAAAUAUCAAA